ACACCAAUUGGUUCCAUGUCUGAAGAGAAGGCGGCCACUAAAAUUCAGGCAGGAUUUAGAGGCAAGAAGGCUCGCAGCGAUAUGAAAAAAGCCAAGAGCGAACUUGAGGACAAAAUCGAAAAGAAAUAUUCUGAGGAAGAGGAAAAAGCUGCAACUAAAAUCCAAGCUGGUUUCCGUGGUUACAGAACGCGGCGAGACGUACUUGAGAAGGAGGCUGAAGACUUCUACACUGAGGAAGAACAUCAAGCCGCAGCAAAAAUUCAAUCUGGUUUCCGUGGUUUCAGAGCUCGAAAAGAAUUAGCGCUGCAAAGAAAAAGUGAG